AGCCUGUUUAAAACAGCCUCAGCUCGCUCACUUGGAGCAGUGCGAGACACAGAGUCAGACGCACACGUUCUCCCUCUCUCUUUCACAUAUGCACGCACGCAUACACACACACAUGCGCGCAGACGGCAACUUUCCUCUAUCGGACUGACACUAACACGCGCGGCAGGAUUGACACACUCCCCCCUUGCUACAGUGGAGAAGAGGAUAAGGAGUGACACAUCAGGAAAAAAAAAGAAACACAGAAAAAAAGGAGGUGAAGAGGAGCAUCGUGCUGACGCUUAGUCCUGUCCAAGAUGGCAAACCUUGUGACAUCGUUGUGCUGUGUAGUUCUGGCCGCGGUGGUGGUAGCCUACGCUCAGAGGCGCAGUCAGCUCGUUGCGAGGAACCAGUAUGAGCGAAUGGGCAAUGAUGUCACCAUGCAGUGUGGCUCCCUGGACAACGACGCGUCAGUGUCAUGGAAGGUGAACGGGACGGACGUGAAGGCCCAGCACCACCUCGAGGGUCCCAGACUGAUGCUGACCGAGGUGGACCUGGGACACAACGGCCUCUACAGCUGCUUCCAGAACCCGCACGGAGAGAGGCGCGACACCAUCUACCUCCACACCGGCAUUCCCCCCCGAGAGCCCACAGUCACCUGUCGGUCCAACACCUACCCCAAAGGCUUCUACUGCAGCUGGCACCAGCUCCACCAAACGUUCAUCCCCACGACCUUCGAAGUGGACGUGCAACACAACCACCGAUCACUGGAGGUACAGCAAGAUCCGGACCACAAGAAUCGCUGUCGUGUUCGUUUUCCCGAGGUCUUCUCCAGCUUCCCGUACAAAGUGAACGUGACAUCAGUCAACGCCUUGGGGAAAGCCUCCACCACCAUUUCUUUUGAGGAGUCCAGUAUAGUUAAACCAGACCCCCCGGAGCGAGUCACGGCGACCCCGAUCCGUCACAACGCCCGGAGGCUGGAGGUGUCCUGGCACAGCCCCGCCACCUGGCCUGACAUCGACAACUUCCCUCUGAAAUACUUCCUUCGAUACCGGCCACUCAUCCGAGAGCAGUGGCAGCAUGUGGAGCUGUCUGACAGCACCUCCCACACCAUCACCGACGCCAUUGCUGGGAAGGAAUAUAUCAUCCAGGUGGCCGCCAAGGACACAGAGAUCGGAACAUGGAGCGACUGGAGCGUUGCCGUCCAUGCUACACCUUGGAUUGAAGACCCUCUGCCGAUCACUUCCACAACUGAAGUGGACUAUACUACCGAAGCUAAGACCUCCCCCAUCCCGUCCUCCAACGCUCCACAGAAGGCUGAGCAUCCAGUGGGCGGCGCCGCCAGGCUCCUCACACACUUCUCCCCUUUGCUGCUAGGAAUGCUGCUGCUGUUCAUGUGAUGUGAAUGUCAUCAUUCCUGACGGGAGGAGUAGGAGGAGGAGGAAGAAAAAGAGGAGGAGGAGGAGGAGGAGGAGGCGUGUCUUUUUUCUAUUUUGCACAUGUUUCAAGGAUACAGUGCAUUGAUCAUUUCUGUCCAUCACACAGUUACUCACCAAGAUUACUUAGACAUGAAACCAGACGAUGAUAAUGCCAUGGAGCAUUUUUUGAUAAAUGGUGACAAAGAAAUUCUUCAGAGGAACUUUUGAAAGCGGCUUCAUCAACAGCAGCAGCAGCAGCAGCAGGAGCAGCGAUAUCAGCAUAAACAGUCUUAUAUUUCCCCCUGGUGGCUCUGACGGGCCACAGCAGACUUUAUUUGGGAAUUCAGAGCAAGAAAAAACAACUCCUCACACGACAAAAAAUAUCUCCUUUUUUUAUUAUUGAUCAUAAAUUCAUUUUCACCCUUUUUUUCUCAAAUUGCAGCACCGUACAGACAAACACACACAUAUAUCGAGCAUUCGUGCGUGUGUUUGUGUGUAUAGCACCGUAGCAGUCCCCAUACAGCUAAGUCAUCAUGCCAAAGACUCAACUUCACCCCCCCUCCCCCCUCACUUGACAUAAUGGAUCCCAAACAACUCACUGAGCUUCCUGAAGCCUGUGUCUGCCUUCAUCGUGGGUUCAAAAACCUGGAAGUUACGCGAUUGAUGUCCCACUUAAAACGCUACUUGGGACGAGUCAGAGGAAACCCCACUAAAAGUACCAUUUAACAAUAAAGAAGCCACACGGACACUCAAUCUGACUCUGAAUCUGCCAACGACUGAAUCAAGCUGACGGAGCGAGACGUUUUUUUCCGACACGGGGACUAACACUUUGAAGACUUCAGUAACGUAGUGUGGCGUAUUUAGACAAUUAGCUUUACACCCUGCUUUCAGCGACUGGCAAAGAGGACCUGGAUUGUAAAAAAAAAGAAAUAAAGUGGAUUUGAGACUGAACAAAUCUUAUCGCCCACACAUUUGUUUCAGUUGGAUGGCGAAGACGUUUAUACGAGCUUCGUUGGUUUCCCAUUCUGCUCCGUGCUGUAAAAUACAAUAACCCAAAACAGUUUGCUUUUUAAAUUCCGACAAACAUCGCAGUUUCCAGUAGCCAAUAUCACCAGUUAAUUCUUAUGUUAUUCAAAAUGGAAUAUUGAUGUGUUUUAUUGUAUUUUUUUAUCUUAUGGACAAAUAAUACCAAGACACAUAUAGGAUUUUAGUUUUUUUUCUCAGACAUUCAUAAUGGCUUAAUUCUCCUUGAUCCUAUUUUGUAAACUAUGAUAUGUAACUUUAACAUUGAACAAAAAGUUUAUUAUUUAAUUAUAAUAAUAAUGUAUGUAUUAGCAGUAGAAUGUCGUAACCUGUACCUGCGGGGUCUUUUUUAUAGAUGUAUAUACAAUGACAGGUUUCAACCAUUAAAUGUGACCAUUUCACAAUAAAUGAUGACACACUG